GCAACCUGAUGCCCCGCGUUGUUUGCUCCGCCCCCUGGGCGCCGCCGUGCCCGCGCCAUGUCGGAGGAGCGCCUCCUCCGCGGCGGGUCCGGUGGCGCCGCGACCGUGCCAGGCUCGCUACUCUGCGGGCGGCGGGCCAAGAGGAGCUCCUCACCGCCCUACGCGAGCAGCCGGACCCGGACGCGGCGCUCCGGAUGCUCAACGCGGCGCUCGCGCGGGAGGACUUCGCGCCGGGCCCCGAGGUGUACGAGGAGAUCAUCCGCAAGCUCGGGGCGGCGGCCGGCGCGGCCGACCUCAUGAAGGUGCUCGUCACGGAGAUGCGGCGGGAGGGGCACCAGGUGAGAGUCGGCGUGGUCCACUCCUUCCUGGAGAGCUACGCGCGGCAGCAGCUGUUCGUCGACGCCGUCGACCUGGUUCUGAAUCAGCUUGACCCACUGUUCGGCAUUCAGGCAGACACGGUGGUGUAUAAUCACCUCCUCAAUGUUCUCGUCGAGGGGAGCAAGAUGAAGCUCCUCGAGACAGUGUACUCGGAGAUGGGUGAACGGGGGAUCAAGCCCGAUGUGGUCACAUUCAACACACUGAUGAAGGCGUUGUGUCGAGCACAUCAGGUGAGGACUGCAGUUCUCAUGCUCGAGGAAAUGUCUAGCAGUGGCGUGGCGCCUGACGAGACGACGUUUACCACAUUGAUGCAAGGAUUUGUUGAGGAGGGGAGCAUCAAGGCUGCGCUGAGGGUGAAGGCCAGGAUGUUGGAGAUGGGUUGCUCACCAACGAAGGUGACAGUUAAUGUUUUGAUCAAUGGGUACUGCAAGUUGGGGAGGGUGGAGGAUGCUCUUGGAUAUAUACAGCAGGAGAUUGCUAAUGGGUUUGAGCCUGAUCAGAUCACUUAUAACACUUUUGUUAAUGGUCUCUGCCAAAAUGGUCAUGUUGGCCAUGCUCUUAAAGUCAUGGAUGUGAUGGUUCAGGAGGGGCAUGAUCCAGAUGUUUUUACCUACAAUAUUGUUGUGAAUUGCCUUUGUAAAAAUGGACAGCUCGAAGAGGCGAAAGGAAUUUUAAACCAGAUGGUGGAAAGGGGCUGUUUGCCUGACAUUACCACAUUCAACACUCUUAUUGUUGCCCUGUGCUCGGGGAAUCGACUUGAGGAAGCCCUGGACCUAGCACGUCAGGUGACACUCAAGGGACUUUCUCCAGAUGUUUAUACUUUCAAUAUUCUAAUUAAUGCACUCUGCAAAGUAGGAGACCCUCAACUUGCACUUAGAUUGUUUGAAGAGAUGAAGAGCAGUGGAUGCACCCCAGACGAAGUAACAUACAAUACUUUGAUUGACAACCUUUGCUCACUUGGCAAGCUUGGUAAAGCCUUGGAUUUGUUAAAAGAGAUGGAGUCUGCUGGAUGUCCUCGGAGUACAGUUACGUAUAACACUAUAAUUGAUGGGCUAUGCAAGAAAAUGAGAAUAGAAGAAGCAGAGGAGGUUUUCGAUCAAAUGGAUCUGCAAGGCAUUUCUAGGAAUGCAAUUACAUUUAAUACUCUCAUUGAUGGCUUGUGCAAGGACAAAAGGAUUGAUGACGCUAAUCAGCUUAUUAGUCAAAUGAUAAGUGAAGGGUUGCAACCUAACAAUAUCACUUACAAUUCUAUUCUAACUCAUUAUUGCAAGCAAGGUGACAUCAAGAAAGCUGCUGAUAUUUUACAGACUAUGACUGCAAAUGGAUUUGAAGUGGAUGUAGUUACGUAUGGUACACUAAUUAAUGGUCUAUGCAAGGCUGGCAGGACACAAGUUGCUUUGAAGCUACUCAGAGGUAUGCGUAUAAAAGGGAUGAGGGCUACUCCAAAAGCUUACAAUCCUGUGAUUCAGUCUCUCUUCAGACGGAAUAACACUAGAGAUGCCAUGAAUCUUUUCAGGGAGAUGACAGAGGUUGGUGAGCCUCCUGAUGCUUUCACAUAUAAGAUUGUUUUUCGUGGGCUUUGUCGUGGUGGAGGGUCCAUUAGAGAAGCUUUUGAUUUCUUGUUGGAGAUGGUUGAUAAGGGUUUCAUACCAGAGUUUUCAUCCUUCCGAAUGCUAGCUGAAGGUCUAUUAAACCUGGGUAUGGAUGAUUACUUCAUUAGAGCCAUUGAAAUAAUCAUAGAAAAGGCAGACCUUGGAGACUCUGAUGUUUCUGCAAUAAGGGGUUAUCUCAAGAUCCGCAAAUUUUAUGAUGCGUUAGCAACGUUUGGCCGUUUAUUGAAGAUCAACAAUCCUCAAUGGAGUUACCGAUGAUGCAGAAUACAUAUCUGAGAUGAGUUACUUGAAUAGUACCCUGGAAAAGUAGAUGUAAAAUUUGCUGGUUUUUUAUGGGAUUGAAUGCCUUAUAUUAAAUCUAAUAGGUGAUUGUGCUCAUUCCUCAGUUGGGAUGAAGUCAGCUCAUGAAUCUUGGAGUAGAAGCUCAGCACUUACAUGAAUAGAAAUCAAGGUUCUAGGUGUUGCCUGCUCCCAAUUAGCACCUAAACCUUGAUGAAGAGUGGACGCAGAUCCCAUCAGCUUAUUUUGAUCAAAUCUGAUUCAAUUAUAUGCCCUAAAAGUUCUUAUUCAUCUUCAUUAGAUAUGACAUAACCUAGGCUGUCAUGUACAGUUAGAUCCCAUCCCUACACUCUAUGCUAGAAUAUCUUAUGAGUACAUACUAGUUCAUAGCGUUUUCCAUAAGUUCAUUUUAUCUGCACUGAACCUAUCACAAUUGUUGAUCAACUUCAGGUCAGAUUCCUUUUUUGCAAGUCCUUGCUUUUUGAUUGAGCAUGUUUUAUGCAUUCUUUUUCUUCCUUUUGGAUUGACUGUGGUACUUAUUGGAUUGAAAAUCAGAUAUGUAUUAUCUCAUUUCAUCGAGACUUAUUGUCACUGCUGCAACUCAUAAUGAAUAUAGCUGGACUAUAUUUGAGGCUCGCUUGUGAACCUUGUAUAGGAGUCUGAUGAGUAUCGGUUUCAGUCUAAAAUUUGCAUCCAAUUGGUGUGACAUUCUGAAUACUCUGCAGUUUAUGGUUUCUUUGCCCUGUUGAGGAAUAUUUCAGUUUGUACUUUGCUACUAAAAUGAACUGAUUCAGAAAAAAAAUCUCAAUUUUAAAGUCAGUAGGGAAGGUUACUCUUGGAGAAGGCUUUAUUUUUCCUCUGAUUUGUCAAACCAUUGAUUGUGUUAUUUGAAGGUUCAACCUGUUGGAUUUUUCUUUGGCACAUUGCAAUUCUGACAAACAUGGGCUGUAGCAUACAGGGGUCUGAUGACUGGCAUUCCUAGUUAGACUUCACCUACAAAAGUCCUUAUGGAAAGUGACUCAUCUAGGACAGAUCAAUGGAAACAACAAGACCAGCUAAAAACCCAGCAAUCAAGGUGGGGUCCCUCUUACAUGUACAGCUAGCAGAUGAUUCUUCAUGGUGGCUCCUCUGGACUUGAACAAUCAAAUGAACUGGCCUAUAGGUUGCGGUACACACAGCCAUGAGGAGUGAUGAUCAGGACAUACAAUUGACUAUUGACCCUCACCACAUGACGAGUAUCCAUGUUAUCAAUAUAUCUUUCUGGUUGACUGGGUGCCAGCUCUGCUAAAAACUACUACAGGAAAAAAGUAGUAAGCCAACUUUUGGCAACAACGAGAACUGUUCAUGGCGUACGCGUUGAUCCCAGUGAUAUUAUCAAGACCAUACAGUGACAGAGAGUGCGGUGAUAUUAUUGAUUGCGUGGACAUGUACAAGCAACCAAGCCUCAAGAAUCCGUUGCUCAGAGAUCAUAAGAGCCAGCUUAAACCAAGCAUGGGUCCUCCCAAGAUUGUUGAGAAGAUGAUGGCGAUGCGAAGGAACAACUCGCACAUGAUUACAGCGGAGCAGACAUGACAACGAAACGGCAGUUGUCCUGAAGGAAGCAUCCCAGUCCGAAGGACACCUGCUAAUGCAGGUGCCACUGUCGCUAACCAAAUUCUCCCAUUCUUCUCCUCCUAUGGACGCUCUCCUCCUCCAACCAAUAUUACUACUAUCCAGGAUGAAGCUGGCAAGCAGAGCAACUAUAAUCUAAAAAUUGCAGCGGCAUAUGGAGUGAGCGGGCCGUAUCACGGUGCAUCGGCAUGGAUUCCAAUAUGGAAAACAGCAGUGGAGCCCUCUGAGUUCUCUAAGAGCUAUCUCCUCAUUGCUAGUCCUUCGGUCAGGGAUUUCGUGCCCAUCAGAGGCAAAGAUCCACCCAACACCGACAACCAAGUUGCCGUUGGAAUUGCUGUUUACUCUAAAUAUUUUGGUGACGAUUUUCCUCGGCUUUACAUAUACUCCACUGUAAAGUGCCUCUGUAGUAUUCCACUAGCUACUUACAUGCAUACUAUUACUAUUCUUCUUGUAAGAAAAUAAUGACACAAAAGUGUGUGUUAAUUAGUUAAAGUUGCCAAUGUCAAUUGGUGUCUACACUACACUACUAUAGUACUACUCACACUGAUCUUAUGCAUACGGGAUGCAGAACGAUGCUGGCGUGAAAUUAAAGUGCUUCAACCUAGAGUGUCCGUUCGUACAGACCAGCAACAAGUUUGCCAUUGGUGGCAGAUUCGUCAACUUCUCCACGGUUGGCGGCACCCUCUAUGGCUCACACAUCAUAAUAUAUAGGGUUAAUUGGGGUAGGAUGCUGGGCCGUCGGUGUGGUGGGUGUCGCUGAUGGACGAGGCGAUCGGGUACUUCCGAGAGUGGGUUCCAGGUGCCGUUCAUCGAGAGCUUCCACAACGAGAUGGGUGGGCAUGUGCUGGACAGCCGGCCGGGCCCACACGCUCACCCCCAUGAGGAGCGGGAUGUUCCCCUCGGACGGCCCCCGCAACGCUGCCGCCAUCGCCUACACCGGCGCCGACCUGGUCGACGACCCCGUGAACAGCAUCGUCACCCACCCCAAGGACUGCGGCCCCGUCCUGGCAUCGAUGUCGCCUUCGGUGGUCCCGGGGGAUACGACUGCGAUGCCAAUUAAUUAGUAAAAUUUAAAUGUAACCAUAUAUUUUUCUCUAAAUAUAUUAAACAUUUUCUAAAUACUACCAGGCAUCAGCAUAUAUAGUAAGAA